AUGGAUGCCACGCUCUCCGUUCUCAAGGAUUACUUCGGGUUUAUGAGUUUUCGACCUUAUCAGCAAGAGGUUAUUGAGAAAAUUAUUGAGAAAAGGGAUUGCUUGGUAGUUAUGGCUACUGGUAGUGGCAAGUCAUUGUGUUAUCAAGUGCCUCCGUUGGUUGUGAAAAAGACUGGGAUAGUUGUAAGCCCUUUAAUAUCAUUGAUGCAAGAUCAGGUUAUGGCUUUGAAACAGCGAGGUAUCAAAGCUGAAUAUCUUUCGAGUGCUCAGAAGGAUUAUACUAUUCAGGGUAAAGCUGAGCGUGGUCAAUUUGACAUUCUGUUUAUGACUCCUGAGAAGGCAUGCACAAUUCCUACCAGUUUCUGGUCCAACUUGCUAAAGGAAGGAAUUAGUCUUUUUGCUGUUGAUGAAGCACAUUGCAUAUCAGAAUGGGGGCAUGACUUUAGGGUAGAAUACAAGCAGUUAGACAAGUUACGUGGUGUUCUGUUAGAUGUUCCUUAUGUUGGUUUAACUGCAACGGCUACUGAAAAGGUUCGGUUUGACAUCACCAAUUCCUUGAAGAUGAAUAAUCCUUACAUUGUUGUUGGUUCAUUUGAUCGCCCAAAUCUUUUCUAUGGUGUCAAGCAAUUUAACCGAGGACAAUAUUUUAUUGACGAGCUUGUUGAAGAAAUUUCAAAAGUUGCUAAUGGUUCAACUAUUAUUUACUGCACAACAAUCAAAGAUGUAGAACAGAUAUAUAAGUCAGUAAUGAACGUCGGUAUAAAUGCUGGAAUGUACCAUGGCCAAAUGGAUGGAAAAUCACGAGAGGAGUCUCACAGAUUAUUUGUUAGAGAUGAAAAGCAAGUCAUGGUGGCUACAAUUGCCUUUGGCAUGGGCAUAGAUAAACCUAAUAUAAGAAAAGUGAUUCAUUAUGGCUGCCCUAAAAAUCUAGAGUCCUACUACCAGGAAAGUGGGAGAUGUGGUAGAGAUGGUAUAGCUUCUGCUUGUUGGCUUUACUACACAAGAAGUGACUUUUCAAAGGGUGAUUAUUAUGCUGCAGAUUUAAAAUCGGAAAACCAAAAAAAAGCUGUUACGGAGUCAUUGCUUGAAGCUCAACGCUAUUGUUUGACGGCAACUUGCAGAAGAAAGUUCUUGCUAGAACACUUUGGAGAAAAAUUUGCAGCUGAUCGAUGUGGAAACUGUGAUAACUGCACGGUCUUGAGGCAACAUCGUGACAUGUCAAAAGAAGCCUUUCUUCUACUGGCUUGCAUUCAUUCAUGCAAGGGAAGAUGGGGCCUUAAUAUGCCGAUUGACAUCCUGCGUGGUUCUCGAGCAAAGAAAAUAAUGGAAGCUCAAUAUGACAAGCUUCCACUUCAUGGACUUGGGAAAGCAUACCAAGCAAAUUGGUGGAAAGCACUUGGACAUCAAUUGAUUUCUCUAGGUUAUUUGAAGGAGUUUGUGACUGAUGUGUACAGAAAUGUAAGUGUCAGUUCAAAAGGAGAGCAAUUUUUGGCCUCAUGUAGACCAGACUAUCAACCUCCUUUGGUUUUGCCAUUAGUUGGUGAGCUCGCAGAAGAGGAAACUAGAAGCGCAGAAGAAUUCAAAAUUUUGGCCGCUUCAGAAUCUGAAGGUUUUUCAGAGGCUGAAGGACAGCUCUACCAAAUGCUUUUAGAAGAAAGAUUAAAUCUUGCAAGGAGUGUUGGAACAGCUCCAUAUGCUUUAUGCGGUGAUCAAACAAUCAGAAAAAUUGCUUUGACAAGACCAUCUACAAAAGCAAGGCUAGCAAAUAUUGAUGGUGUGAAUCAGCACCUAGUAACAAGAUAUGGAGACCAUUUUCUUCAAGCUAUUCGGAAACUAUCCCAAGAAUUAAAACUAUCAUUGGAUGGUGAACCGGUACUCCAAACUAGUGAAGUACGGAAAGUAUCUCCACUAGUAACAAUCAAAUCAACGAAGUUGUCAGGAGCAAAGCUUGAAGCAUGGAAAAUGUGGCAUGAAGAAGGUCUUUCUAUUCAGAGGAUUGCCAACUUUCCAGCUAGAGCAGCUCCUAUUCAAGAACAAACUGUUGUACAGUAUCUGCUGGACGCUGCCCUAGAUGGAUUACCUAUUGAUUGGACAAGACUCUGUGAGUCGAUAGGGCUGAAACAAGAUUACACAUCUGCAAUUCGGGGAGCUAUUGUAAAAGCUGGAUCUGCUGAUAAGUUGAAGCCUAUAAAAAAUGAAUUGCCAGAAGAAAUAACGUAUCCGCACAUCAAGGUUUACUUAACAAUGCAAACCUGUGGAGUAUCCUUAGAAAGUAUCCAUUCUGGGAAAGAUGGUGAAGCUGUAAACAAUGCAUCAAAUUCUUCGGAACCAUCUUCAGUAACACACGAUGAAGAAAGUCAUCUUCAAGCUAACGUUGCUACCGAAAGUAUAAUGGAAAUUAAUGAAGUGGUACCUUCUGGACCAGUCGAUGUUUGUCCGGUACAAGAGUUUCCAACAAGCAAACGACUGAAAGUCAGCGAAACAAAGGAGGUGAAUAUAAUUAAAUUGAAAGCUACAGAGGGUUCUGUUGUAGAGUGGCUGAAGAACCUUGAUGAAGGGGCUACUUUGACUGAUAUGUUGGAGCGCUUCAAUGGAUCCAAUGAAGAUUCCAUUGUUGAACUGCUAAGUUCCCUUGAGUGUGACUUUUUGAUAUAUAAGAAAAGUAACGUGUACAGGGCUAUGUAA